AUGGAAUUCUCAAUUCUCAAUGGAACUGAUGAGUUCCCAUACCCCCUCACCAUCACCAGGAAUGCAUUUGCUGAUAAUGCAGAUUUUGACCCUGAUACUUUCCUAUACACUAACCAUCGGUUCACGUCGCUCGAUUCGUUGAUUUCUGACUUGACCACCCUCUCCAAAACGCUUAAUCAGGACCUUUUGGACCUGGUCAAUGAAGAGUACUCCAAGUUCAUCCAAUUGGGAAUGUCGAUUGAUGGAUGUCUUGAGCAAAUCAACAACAUUUCGCUUGAUGUAGGCAAGUUCAACGGUCUACUCGACCAGUCAUUGGAAGACUUCACCAAUUCUUCUGCUGUUUCCGAAAAGGCUCUCAAUCAUAAGAAAAGACUCAAUUUACUCAAAAACAGAGUUAAGCUAGUGAUGCUUCUACAUGAACAGUGCUCAAGUUUCGAGACUUUGUUAGGGUUAGAUGUGGGAAACGUUAAGCCCGAACAUUUGAUGGCAAAGUUAUCCACUUUGGCCACACUAUACCUCUCUGUCACAAAGAUUCAUGCCAUCUUGACAGAAUCACCAGAUGUGGAGCAAAGUGUAUUUUUUGAGAAGGUUGUGAAGACCAAAGUUGUAUCAUUGAAGUUCGAAUUCAAGCUGUAUUUGGAUGAGCUAUUUAGUAUAGCCAAAUCUGACUCAAAUGCAUAUGGAGCUUUGACAUUGCGUCUUCUUCAUGUGUAUCGUGUCACUGGACAUUCUUCCGACCUUCUAGCAUUGUUGCAUAAGAGGACAUGA